AUAUAUAAGCUAUACACUCCAUAGUUCAUACGUAUACCUCCUUCACUCUUCUCUGUUCUUCUGCACUCAGUUCACGUUUCUCCCUAAUAUACUCUGCUCUGCUUUAUUGGCGCCACUGCUCAGUUGAAGCUCCUCCCUUUUCGCUCUUCAGGGAAGAGCAAUGUCUGGAAAAGGAGGGAAAGGAAAAUCGCAGCCUAAUGGAGGAAAAUCUGCUCUCAAAACUUCAUCUGCAAAAGGGAAGGAUGAUAGCUCUGGAAAGACAAAGAGAGGAAGGAAAGUUCAAUUCGAUUCUGAUGAUUCACUGGAUGGGAGUUUCAUGAAAUCUAAUGGGAAAGCAGAUAAACCAGUUGGCGAAGGAGACAAGGUUGGAAAAAGUGGCAAAGGCCAAACUGCAAAAGCACCUACUCCUUUGGAGCUCAGGGUUGAGCAAGAAAUUUCUGGGAAUACUAAAUGCCUGCUGGAUUGUGAGGCUGCAGAAAUCUUACAAGGGAUCCAGGAGCAAAUGGUUGUACUCUCUGAAGAUCCAACCCUAAAAAUUCCUGUAUCGUUUGACAAGGGACUAAUGUAUGCACGAAGACACAAACUUUAUGAGAAUUCAAAGAUGGUUAAACAAGCACUCCAACCUUUGAAGGAGCGUGGUGUAUGUGAUGGCGAGAUGUGCUUGAUUGCCAACUUUCACCUUGAAUCUGUUGAUGAAGUUUUUGCACUUGUCCCAUCCUUGAAGGGCAAGAAAAAUAAGGUGGAAGAGCCUCUAAAAAAUGUGUUGGAGGAAUUAGCAAAGCUUAACAAGUCAUCAUAAGGCGUUUAGAAGGAAGUGAUGUUUGCGCUUGCUUCUUUUAAUAUACACAUAAAAUGGUUCAAAGAGUGAUCCAGUUAUGUCAUGGAUGAUCAUAGAAGAUAAUAAUGUGCAGGUAUGAAGAAGAAGAAGAAGGAUCCUGUUUUGUUAACCAUAUUAUGCAGACUCCAUUGCUGAGCAGCCCAGCCAGCAUAUAAUCUUUCCAUUUUGAAAGUGAUGUCUCAUGUCUGCCAAAUUUUAACUACUAGGACUAACCAUAUUCCAAUUUCCACUUACAAAUUUUCUUUUCAUUGUACAAAAUUUGCAUGUGGGAUUGAUACAUACAUAUUGCUAGUUUUGAUGAAUAUACACAUCAAGAUGUGCAUUUACCAAGUAUUAAUCCUACUUUUUGUCUUUCGGUUAUAGUGAAAAUUUUAAUUUUUGUUCA